AUGGACUUCGAAUGGACAUGUGAUGACGGUGAAGACCGUCAGGUUCACAGCGAUAACGUUGAGAUCAUCGAGUUUUCAUUCGUGAUCUACGAUGCGAAGGCACAAAGGAUGGUCCUCGAAGGGCAGCACUACUGCAAGAAUUCCAGGACUCCUAUUACAAGUUUCUGUACCGAGCUGACCGGCAUCAGUGAUGCAACGCUCGCAGAUGCAGGAUCCCUUGCUGAUGCCCUCCAAGCCCUUUGCAGAGCGCUGGACGAGGAGCCACUGCGUGGAAGGCCCUGCUGCGCCGUGACCCAUGGCAGCGCUGACCUGGAGCUGAUCCUGCCAAUGCACUGCAAGGCAUUGGGACUGGAAGUGCCCGAAGUGCUGAAGUCCUAUGCAGACUUGCGACUUGCCGCGCAGAGACAAGUUCUGGCAAGUGGACAGCGAGGUGUACGUGCCUCGAGCUUGCGGGAGAUCUGCGAUUCGCUGCAAGUUGAAAUGGUGGGGACGGAGCACUGUGGAUUAGAUGACUCGUGGAUGGUCCUGUUAGCCCUUCAGCAGCUUCUGAAGUUGGGAACGCCCUUGCAACCCAUCAACUUCUUCGUCGAGACUGAAUCGUUUCUUGCUGGUGAAAGACAGGACUCGCGACUCUGCCUGGACGGGCUUCCCUUCCACGCACUUUCUGCAGAUGUGUCAGCCUGGAUGGAGACAUAUCUCGGUGAGGCGGCAGUAAGGAAGAGUUUGCUCUACAUCGUCAUCGGAACUGAUGGCCGCGCUACUGGAAGGGCAGUCAUCCGAUUCUUGGACGGCUGGGAGGCGCACAGCUGGAACAAAGACGAGUAUUACACGCGCGGGAAGCUCAUGGUAUGCAAAGCAAGCGACGAGCAUCGCUAUAACGAACGCUUGAUACUGACCCGUCCGCUAAGAGAAGACGAGCUUCGACUCAGCUUCUUGGAACAGCUGCCCUGCAGCAUCGAGGACGCUCCUGCCCUUGCGCCAGGGCCCUUUCCCAGAGCGCCGAGCGAUCUUGGGAGAGGUAAGAAGUACUGCUUCGCUUUCCAGGAGGACCCCGGUGGUGACCACAGUAAUAGGACCGCUGCAAGAACGGAGACCGCUGUCGGUAUGUUCACGAAAAAGCCCCAGGCCGAGUGCUCGGAUACGUUCGGCUCCAUUGACAUGUUGCGUGCAAAGUGCGUCCUCAAGCGGUCCUUCUGUGUUGGCUUUGCAGCACCAGCUGACGAACGGGCGGAGCUGAAACUUUGCGAGAACAGCGCUGUGUACUCGUCCCGGGCAGCCGGCAAGAACUCGGAGAAAUCUCGGCGCCGCAGAGAUCCGUGGCACCGGCAACACAAGUUGAACCGUGCGAAGCUGUGUGAAGGCCUGAGAAAGGAGUCGGGCGGGACAGGCAGCCGACGCAGCUACGGAUCAUUCUAUGCCAUACGGGACAGCGACGAGCUAAGCUGCAAUUCAGCCUGGGGCGUGUUCGUGAGAUGUCAACCGGUUCCCAUCGUCGAGGGCAGUGUUUCCAAGCAGGACUUGGUCAACGCCGUGCCCUUUCAGUUCACGCGCGACAACGAGCAAUUGUUAGUGCAGAAGCGCCGAGAAUCAGAGCAAGCGGCAGAACGUCCAACACGGAGUGGCGUUUUGUUACGGCCCAAGUUGGGCCGUGAGCAGCCGCCAGCCCAGCUUGGGUCAGAAGAAAUCACCAAGACUCGCCAGUACGACAACAUGCAGAGAACAUUGAGCUCUCUGCCUCCUUUGGAUGAGUAUUUGGAGUGCCUCCAAACGGCUCAGAUUCAUAUUGCUCUCCGGAAUUCGACCGCGUGGUUCUCCCUGGUGCUCGCGAGUGCUGACCUUGAGUUUGCUGCAUCUGCUUCGAGUCUCUUUGGGGCAUUGCAGGAUGCUUUUGACUUCCAGGAUGACAGCGUCAGAAACCAGUUCGAGCACCUGCUCUCGCUGCUGCAGUCGCACUCUGCCUUAGUGGCCGACCGGGAUGUGCAGGAUGAGGAGGAGGUUCGGGAAGACCAUCUGCUCACCUCAGCGCUGGGGGAGCUUUACACAGAGCUGCUGCAGGGAUUCCGUCGCUGGCGCAGCACCUGCUGUGAUUCCGAUGACUUCGACAUGCCCGAGAGACGUGAGGGCACGUUGCCGCCACUGGCGGGAGCUCGCUGGAACCCCCUGCCGGCGUCCCUCUACGGAGGUCGAUCCGACGAUGCUCUCGAAGCCUCAAGGCAGCUGGCAGAGAUCACAGCAUACUUGCUAGUUUGGGGUGAGGGCGGAAAUGUCCGUUUCAUGCCAGAGGUUGUAUAUUUCCUGACGGAGAUGGCCCUCGCUGCGGAAGCCCCGGGACCAGCCGGGCUGUACGGAGGAGCCGGAGGUCGUUCCGAUGGAUCCUCAUUUCGGAGCCGGAACUUCCUGGCAAAGGUCAUCCGACCGAUCUACAACGUGGUCUUCGACGAGUGGUACGAGAAGGUUGACAAAAAUGGCCAAAAGGACAGGAAGAUUCUCCACAAGGGAUACGAGGCCUUCCUGCCUCCGGAUGUUGCCAACUACGAUGAUUGGAACGAGCUCUUUUGCGACCCCAAAAGGCUCUAUUCGACCAUGGUCUGUCAGGACGGGGAGAAAUUUUGCGAGAUCGAGCACCAACGUCGCUUUGCCAAUUUGCACAGAGUCGCUUGGGAAUGGACUCUGGAUCGCUUCGAGACCAAAACCCACCGCGAGGUGCACUCGCUUUGGGGUUUCCUGGCCUCCACACACAGAGUGUGGCUUGUGCAUUUGCUGUUAUUCACAACCGGCUUGACUCUCACGAUCGCGGACCCGGCUCACAUCCAGUUCGGCCACGUCGCACUCCUGGGGAAUCAGUUCCCGGUGAGGCUUGCAGCUGUCGGGCUUGUGGUGCCCCUCCACGCUGCUCUUUGGGGCUUCGCGCGCUAUGAGACGACUGGUACAACCGUCUGCCGCAGGAUCAGUGGACCGGCCUGCUGGUUUGCCGGCCUCGGCCGCGCAUUGCUGUGGGCUUCGCCAUUGGCUACUUACGGUGCCAUACGGUACGUAGAGCUGAAGGGCGAGAAAUUCUCGGAAAGCAAAGACCUUCAGCUGGGAAUGGUGCUGGCUGCGCACGCAGUGCUUUCUGUGCUGGGCUUGGUCGCACACCUCUUCUUUCCAGAUCGGACGUACGACAUCUUGUUCCCCAGAACACCGGUGCACGUCUGCCUGCUUGUUGUUCGCUACAGCUUCUGGUUCUUCGUUUUUGCAAUCAAGUUUCUCGUGAGCUUCACGAUCUUUGCAUCCGUGUACCAUCUGAUGCACAGGGAUCUGCGCAUCAUCAUGUUGGGACAGCAGAGUGUCACGGAGAUGAAGUUCUCGUGGAGCAGCGUGGACUGGGGAAAGGAUGUGCUGGAGUGGGCCUUGCUAUGGUUCACAACCUUCUUCCUCUUCUGUGCUGACACAGGGAUGUGGUUCACUCUUGGUUGCACCUUCCUCGGCGUUGGCACCUACUUCGUUCAGCGCUCGUGUGAAAUUGGCACUUUCUGCUUCGAGGAUGCCGUGGCCAAGAUUCCCGAAAGGAUGACCGAAAAAGUCUUCUGUUUCGUCAAGAAGCAUGUAGAGGGCAGGGAGAUGGCUCGCGAGUUCCCCCUGGUCUGGGACCGCAUCGUAGAGUACAUGCGGUACGAAGAUAAAAUCGGGAACCAGUUCAUGGCAGACCAGUCCUUCAUGACGAAAAGCACCCGGGGCAUCGAGUGGAGCAGCCUCAGCAAGGCCAUCCAACCAGCUCUGCCCGGUGCUGGUGCAGAAGACGGCUCCGCCCAGCUUCGGAUUGUUGUACCGAAUCUCUUCAAAGAGCAAUCCGUCGUGCAAAGAGCUUGCCAAGCCUUCGUUGCGAACUCGCAUUGGCCAGCGAACGCCGAAGUGCAGUGGCGGCUUCUCGCUUUGUCCCGUGGGCUCGGGCUGCCCAUCCCAAAGCCUUUCCGGGCACCAUUCAUCCCUGGCAUCACGGUCCUGAUUCCGCACUAUGGCGAGACCAUAUUGGAGCAAAAGGACUCGCUGUAUGGUGGUCGCGCUGAUGACACCGUUCCGCUCAUGGACUGGCUGAAAGCUCGCUAUGAGGACGAGUGGUUGAACUUCGAUGCAAGGAUGCAGGCCAAGUCCGACAUCCAGCUGCCUCAUGGAGCGAAUUGGGAUGAAUACACAGACGAGCAGUGGGAGAAAAUCUGUGGCUGGUCGUCCAUGCGAUUGCAGACAUUGUGGCGCACGGUGGCAGGCAUGAUGUUGUACCAUCCUGCGCUGCAGUGCCACUAUGAGGUGCAGGGUGUAGGCCGGAUUGUUGGCGAAAGGAAGCCUGCGAUGGCACAGGUUUGGACUCCGAAUGACUGUUUCAGUUGCAUUGUGUCCAUGCAGCAGUACGCCAACUUCGAGCCGGUCAGAUACCAGCACACCAACCAGAUGUUCGCCAAGUUUCCGAGCAGCCUGAAGGUGGCUUACAUCGAUCAGAAGGACAAGAAUGUCCAUGCAGAGGUCGACAAUGUCCAUCCAAGGCAACAUCGGCGUUACUUCAGCUGCUUAAUCGAUGGAUCGUGCGCGGACAUUGGUGGAGGUCGAAGAGCGGCCAAAUUCACGGUUGAGUUGCCAGGAUACCCUAUCUUGGGCGAUGGGAAGAGCGACAACCAGAAUCACGCCAUUAUCUUCUUACGAGGAAUCUUCAGUCAAUGCAUUGAUGCGAACCAAGGGGGCUACUUCGAGCAGAUGCUGAUGCUUCCCUGCGUGCUCGGAGAAUUUCGCACGGCAGAGCGCGGAGAUGAAGCGGCCAAGCAAAUCAUUGGUCUUCCGGAGCACAUCACCAGCGAUAUCGGAUCCGUGGGCGACUUCGCAGCAGGCUCGGAAGUUGCCUUUGGCACGAUCCUGCAGCGCACCUAUGCAGUGCUGGGUGCCAGAAUGCAUUACGGUCACCCUGACAUCAUGAACAAGCAAUUCAUGAUUCAGCAGGGUGGUGUCUCCAAAGCCACGAAGACCAUCAAUUUGUCCGAGGACAUCUUUGCGGGGAUGGAUUUCACUCUGCGAGGUCAAGGCCGCUCCAUCAAGCACUGCGAGUACUUCCACGUCGCCAAGGGGCGCGACCUGGGUUUCAACACCGUCCUGGGCUUCUUCUCAAAGCUCUCCUCCGGAGCCGGCGAACAGAUCCUCACGAGGCAAAUGUUCCGCCUUGGGCAGAUUCUUCAUUUGCCGGAAGCACUGACCUUCUACUAUGCCCACGUUGGCUAUUACAUCACGCAAGGCUUGGUGUCGGCAUCGAUGCCGACUCUUGUCUUCGCGUGGAUGGUUGUUCUUGCUGGCGACUGCGAGCAAACAUUUCGAGUCUUCGAGAACUACUGUCCGACAGUCCCUGCUGCCCAGGCAAUGGCCAACCUGUUGUCGGUCUGGUACUCGUGGGUGAUUUUCCUGUUCUUGGUCGCAACCUCCAUGCCCCUCUUUGCAGAGUCUUGGAUGGAGAGGAGCUUUUGCCACGCAGUGUGGAGAUUGGGCAAGCAGUACCUGACUUUGUCCUUCUUGAUGUUCGUGUUCCAGGCCAAAAUCAUUGGAUACUAUGUGGUGAACGAGUUGCGCUACGGAGGUGCCCAGUAUGUCGCAACUGGUCGUGGUCUGCCGACCUACCGCCGGCCUUUCAUCGGCGAGAUUCGGCCGGCAGAUGCCCACGAGCCGGACGGCCCCAAGAAGUUGACGAAGGUUGGCGGGCUGUAUCUCGAUUAUGCCAUGUAUACCUACUACGAUGGGAUGCGCCUUCUUCUAUGCUGCAUCGCAGUAUUGCUCCUGGGUGGCAUCUCGGAUGCUGGUGGUCAAGCUUCCAGCCUGGGCUUUACCUGGCUUGCCAUCGGGAUCACGAUCGUUUCGUGGCUCUAUGGGCCAUUCGUCUUCAAUCCGUACCAGUUUGACUUGGACGAGGUGAAGGAUGAUGUGAGGGCCUGGUUCUUGUUCUUCCUGGGAGACCAAGGCAAGCUGUGGGUUGAGCACUACCAGAAGACGCAGCUGAAGCCUCUGAAGGGCUUCAGAGAGUCUGCCUGA